AACCCUCCACGUUACAAGACCCAUACCAUACCACAUUAAAGAAAACAAAAAAUGAAACAACAUAAGACCUUAAACUAUCGAACAAUAUUCGCAUUUUUCUCACUCACUCUCACUCCAAUGUGAAGUGAGUGAGAAGAGUAUACAAUGGCUGAUUUUCCCAUUUCAGGUGAUAAUAAUGUUGGAGCAGCAUUAUUACCAGAUAAGGAACAAGAAAACUCUAUCAUAGUAUCCACUCUCGUUCAUGUUCUCUCCUCGUCAAAUAACGUUGCUGUUCCUAACCAACAAAUGAAACGGGAAUCAGAAUCAGCCACGUCAUCGUCUGCAAGUGGGUCCCUCCAGAAUCAGUAUGAUCCUUACACGUGUAGUGCAUGUAAAAUCAACGGCUGUCUCGGUUGCAAGCUCUUCGUUGAGAAAGAGAAAGGAGAGAAGAGAAAAAAGUACAGGGGAGUGAGGCAGAGAGCAUGGGGAAAAUGGGUGGCUGAGAUACGAGAUCCAAAAAGGGCCACUCGUGUUUGGCUUGGUACUUUUCCUACAGCGGAGAAUGCUGCAAGAGCUUAUGAUCAAGCUGCUAUAAAGUUUCGUGGUGCUAGAGCUAAACUCAAUUUUGAAUCCUCAGAUUGUAGUGUUACUGAUGAAAAGAUGCAAAGUGCGAAAGUGAAGGAACAUGCUGGUGAGAUUGCAGAGAUGAAUCAAACAAAAACUACUAUCUUAACAUUCGGGUCAACAAGCCAAGUUGACUAGAGCAUGUAAGAUGAGAAAAAUAAACAGCAACUUUGUUGCUAUGAAGUUCAUUUUGAAUAGAUAAUAAGCCACACGUGUUACUUUGUAUGCGUGAAUUUUGCUGCUACUUCAAAAAGUUAAGUGUGACACUUCACUCUUCAUUCAUCUCUUCAAAAGUUACUUAGUACAUGUUUUGUUUUCUAAA